GGCCCGUGGGCGGGGUUAAGGGCGUGACCUGGUCGUCACGCGCGGCCCCGCCCCCUCGCCCCUCGUAGCUCUCUGGAGGCGGCAACCGCUAGUCGUCAGCCCUUCCCGUUUGUUCUGGCCGGCUGCAUCCCGGUUCUCCGGUGACAAUGGGGGACCCUAACAAGCAAGACAUCCUGACCAUCUUCAAGCGCCUCCGCUCCGUGCCCACUAACAAGGUAUGUUUUGAUUGUGGCACCAAAAACCCUAGCUGGGCAAGCAUAACCUAUGGAGUGUUUCUUUGCAUCGAUUGCUCAGGGACACACCGGUCACUUGGUGUUCACUUGAGUUUUAUUCGAUCUACAGAGUUGGAUUCUAACUGGUCUUGGUUUCAGUUGCGAUGCAUGCAAGUUGGAGGAAACACUAAUGCAUCUUCCUUUUUCCAUCAACAUGGGUGUGCCACCAGCGACACCAACGCCAAAUACAACAGUCGCGCUGCUCAGCUCUACAGGGAGAAAAUCAAGUCCCUCGCCUCCCAGGCGACACGGGAGCACGGCACCGACCUGUGGCUUGAUAGUUGUGUGGUUCCGCCUUCAUCCCUUCCACCAAAGGAAGAAGAUUUUUUUACCUCUCAUGUUUCUCCAGAGGUGAGUGGUACAGCCUGGGCCUCAGCACCAUCAGAACUAUCUUCUUUAACAACAAGGGCCAUGGAAGCCACUCCAGAAAAUAACGAAGGGGGACCAGAACAAGGACCAAGUGUAGAAGAUCUUAAUGUACCAACAAAAGCUGCUUUAGAAGUUUCCUCUUUCAUAAAAAAGAAGCCGAAUCAAGUUAAAAAAGGACUUGGGGCCAAAAAAGGAAGUUUGGGAGCCCAGAAACUAGCCAACACGAGCUUUAAUGAAAUUGAAAAGCAAGCUCAAGCUGUAGAUAAAAGGAAGGAGCAGGAGGACCUUCUGGCCAGGGCGGCCCCUAAAGAAGAAUCAAUUAUGUGGUCGUUACGAUUAGCCUAUGAGGACCUUGAAAUUCAAAUGAAGAAAGAUGAAAAGAUGAACAUUAGUGGCAAAAACAAAGUUCAAUCAGAGAGACUUGGCAUGGGAUUUGGAAAUUGCAGAAGUGGUAUUUCACACUCAGUGACUUCAGACAUGCAGACUAUAGAACAGGAGUCACCCAUCAUGGCAAAACCAAGAAAAAAGUACUCUGAUGACAAUGAUGAUUCAUAUUUUACCUCCAGCUCAAGGUACUUUGAUGAGCCGCUGGAGGUAAGGGCCAGUUCAUUUUCUAGCUGGGAUGACAGUUCAGAUUCGUACUGGAAGAAAGAGACCAGCAAAGAUACUGACACAGUUCUGAAAACCACAAGCUACUCAGACAGGCCGACUGCUCGCCGCAAGCCAGAUUAUGAACCAGUUGAAAAUACAGAUGAGGCCCAGAAGAAGUUUGGCAACGCCAAGUCCAUUUCAUCAGAUAUGUACUUUGGAAGACAAGCCCAGGCUGAUUAUGAAACCAGGGCCCGGCUAGAGCGGCUGUCAGCGAGCUCCUCCAUCAGCUCAGCUGAUCUGUUCGAUGAGCAGCGGAAGCAGCCGGCAGGGAGCUACAGCCUCUCCAGCGUGCUGCCCAACACCCCCGACAUGGCACAGUUCAAGCAGGGAGUGAGGUCUGUUGCUGGAAAACUCUCCGUCUUUGCCAAUGGAGUCAUGACUUCAAUUCAGGAUCGCUAUGGUUCUUAAUGCUGACACCAGGACGCUGCUUCCUGGGGGAGUCCUCUUCACAUGAAGCGGCGACCCCAUCACAGGGCGCGACAACGACCAAGACAGUUUCGCAGAUUGUUGCGCUGCUUUUUCACGUGGUAUAUAUACAUUUCUGAUUUUUAACAUUUCUUUUGAGAAAUUUUUAUUUUUGAUGUAGUAGAAGCUUUACCGCAGUGUCUAUUUUUGCGUUACUCCUCGCAUGCCCUCCCUGGGGCAUAUCUGUGCACGUCCUUGAUUUACGUUCCCGGGGUCUUGGGUUCUGUUCCCGGCUGGGCCUGGAGGCGCUGGCUCCUCCCCCUCGGUGGACGGGAGCCGUCAUUUGGGGGAGGAGCCGUCAUUUGGGGGCGGAGCCGUCAUUUGGGGGAGGAGCCGUCAUUUGGGGGAGGAGCCGUCAUUUGGGGGCGGAGCCGUCUGCUCCUAACUCUGGGCCGUCAGACGGUCUGAUGCUGGAGGGGCUGCAGAAACAGCAUUCACCACACACACGUUCAUUGCAAAGGAAGGAAAGAGUGACGAGAGACCGCAGUGACUGGUGUCCAACGUGACAGAUUGCUUCAUUUCUGUUUCUACACAUUAAGGUGAUUUCAAAAUAAUGUUUAAAGUCAUUUGUCCCUUUGUAAAUUGUUUAUUUUGUAUGAUCUAUAAAUUUAAAAAUAUUUUUAGGUGAGUGGCUUUUAACAAAGCUAAGCUUCCACUUUCCCAAGGGAAUUUAUUUUAUCUUUUGACAAGGCGUUGCUGUUUGAAUUUAUGAGAAAUGUAAGAUGAGAAUUCCCUAAGUGUGUUUAUAAAUCGAUGUAGUGCACAGAAUUAAAAUUGAAAGAUGUAAGAAAUAAAGCUACAGAAAAUAGUUAGGCAUAUGGGAAAAUAGUAAUUGUAAUUGGGUAGUUUUGUUAAUAUUUUUUAUCUUAAUCUUGGUUUGCAAAAAUUACAGAAUGUGUAUACAUGAAUAAAGAAAAAUAAUUUGGCUGUGUUUUAGACAGCAUUAGAAUAUAUUAUUCAGCACAGUAAAAUAUAUUUAAAUUUGAUGAACCAAAAAUGUGGUUUCGAAUGAAUAUUUUGUGUAUCUUUCUUAAAAGCUCAAAUUUGUAGAAUUCUAAAUAUAAUAAACAGUUGCACAGAU